AUGCAUUGUAAUCAUAAUCGAUCGGAAUUAUGUUCUGUUGAAUUAUUAUUACAAGUACAAUCUAAUAACAUGUCGAUGGAAUUUUGGUGUCAAUCCCCAGCAAUUUCAUUCAUGGAUUCUAAUCAAUUUCAUAGUUGUAUUUUACCAAUAAUGAAUAUUACGGAACAACCAUCUAUAACAAUGAUAAUUAAUUCAAAUGAUACGGGAAAACUUUUUCCAAUAGCAACAGCUAAUUUUACAUAUUUUCCAGAAUAUUCAAUUAAAAAACAUGCUAAAUUACCUAUUGUUAUUCAAAAAGAUAUUCUUUUACGAAAAACGCGUGAUUUAAAAAUUGGAAAAGUUGAUAUUGAUGUCGAUGAUGCUGUUGAAAGUGAGUAUGAUGAUCCUGAAUGCACAAAUUAUAAUAAUGGCGGUUUCAGUUUAAAUCAACCGGAAUCUUUGACAAAUGAUGAUCAACCUGUAGAAGCUGUCGAUUUCGCAACGGAUGUUAUAACAGACGAUGAUCCUAAUGAACCACUGGGUGAAAUUGAUGAUACAUUAGCACAAGAUUGUACAAUAGAUGCUCCACUUUAUGGUAAUCCAAAUGUUGAAUGGAUUCGAGUAGCUGGUGCACCGGAUUUAAAAAUCGAUCAACGUAUUAAUAAAAAUAUUGAUCCUGAUAGUGAUGGGAUUGAUUUUCCUAAAAUGAAAAGAUAUAUUUUAUUAAUACGAAUGAAAAUUUAUAUAUAUUUACAAUUUGUUGUGGUUCCAUCGAGCAAUGUUAAUUUACUAUAUGUUAUUGCUCAUUAUGAUUCAGGACGAGCACGUCAACUAUAUCAUUCUAAAGUUCAACAAAAUCCUAUUGUAGAAAAUUUUUUAACAAUAGAACCGAUUAAAUUCUUUGAAGUACAUCUUAAUUCAACUGAUGAUGAUUUACCACCAAAUGAUGUGACAUUAAAUGUGGGUUAUUGUGUUGCACCAACAAAUACACAUCCUGUUGUGAUUAAUCCUACUUAUGUAUUAGAUGACUAUAUUGGAACAAUUGAUGUUGAUAUUGAUGUUAAUGUAAAUGAAGAUUCUAAACCGUCAUCUGCUUCUGUAAUAUAUCCAAGUGUGCCUAUAAAUGCUUUGAAGCCAUCGGGAAAUCUUGUAUCUACUGUUGAUGUUAGUAUUGAUACUGGAAAUAGUGCGUCGCAACUAAAUAAUAUCAAAGAGAAUUUGAAACCACAAGAUGAUAUUAUUACUAUACCUUCAUCAGUGAUCGCUGAUACAGAAGACGUAUCACCUAUUAAUGUUCCUGUACCAUCUGAUUCUCUUAUCGACACAGUUAAUGUUGAUAUUGAUGUGAGCGGCAGUAUAUCCGAAGAUCAGAAGCCACCUUUAUUACAAAUUCGUCCUCAAGAAACAAUAAUCACUAAAGAUCCUAUUGACACACCUCUGAUCAUCAAUAAUCCAGAUGACAUAACAAAUACAGCGGUAGAAACUCCAGCUGUAAGUAAUACCAUAGAUAUCAAUAUAUCUCAAAAUAUUCUUCCACCAUCGUAUUCAAUUGAUACAAUAUCAGUAUGUUACAUUUCUAUUCAACUCUAA